AUGCCGUCCCCAUUCUUCACCCGGAACGCCUCGGCGGAGAAAGAUAGCCUCGCCCUCUUGCAACUCCGCCGCGACCAGAUCAUUCCGACGAUCCUCCGCGACCAUGACGACGAGAACCAAGGAUAUUGGGAAGGAAAGGUCACCAACACUCGCUUCGGUUCGUUCCCACACAGUACUUUGAUCGGGAAACCCUGGGGCUCGCAGGUCGUCGCUUCAAAAGUCGACACAGGCUCGCGCGGUCGCAACAAUCCCGCCAAGCGCAAGGCCGAGGAGCUCGAUGCGGAGGGAACCGGCGCAGAGGAGGAUAAGAAGCCAUCAUUAAGAACCCCCGUCUCAGCGGAAAGUGGAUUCCUACACGUCCUCGCCCCGACCCCCGAAGCCUGGACCAUAUCUCUCCCCCACCGCACGCAGGUCGUCUACACCCCAGACUACAGCUACAUCCUCCACCGACUUCGCGCACGACCAGGCUGCACAGUGAUCGAAGCCGGAGCCGGCAGCGGCUCAUUCACGCACGCCUCAGCGCGCGCCGUUUUCAACGGGUAUCCCGGGACCGAAGAAGCGACCAAAAAGCGACGGCUGGGGAAGGUGUGCAGUUUCGAGUUUCACGAGCUACGCGCAGCCAAAGUGCAGCAGGAACUCAGAGACCACGGUCUCGACGGGAUAGUGGAGGCUACGCAUCGCGACGUCUACGAGGACGGAUUUCUAUUAGGCGAUCCCAAGACCGGCAAAUCGCCGAAAGCCAACGCCAUCUUCCUGGAUCUACCCGCUCCCUGGCUCGCACUGAAACAUCUCGUGCGCAACCCACCCCCGGGACAAGAAUCAGCUCUCGACCCUGAAUCCCCCGCAUAUCUGUGCACAUUCUCUCCGUGUCUCGAGCAGGCAGAGCGAACAAUCCGCACAAUGCGCAGGCUAUCAUGGCUCAAUAUUUCAAUGGUGGAAGUCGCCCAGCGACGACUGGAUGUCAAGCGUGAGCGUAUCGGGUUAGAUACCGAGGGCGUGCGCGGAGCCACACUGUUCCCUAAGACAGUUGAGGAGGCAGUUGCAAAGCUGCGCAGUGAUGAAAUACGCGCCAAGCUUAUCCGCGACAACCGAGCAACCAAAGACCAGCCAGAUUAUCAGCCGAUUGUAAAGGAGACGCCGUUCUAUAAAGAGAAGACGGAUGUCCCCUUAUAUUCUCAGGGUCGCUUGAUGCACCGGUCAGAGCCGGACCUUAGAACUCAUACCUCGUACCUUGUCUUUGCAAUCCUGCCUCGGGCUUGGUCGGAAGAAGAGGAGCAAAAGUGCCGUGAGCAAUGGCCGUCGGCUAAGGUAGCUAAGCCUGAUAAUGAGCCGAAGACUAGCAAGAAGCAAAUGAAGAGAGAGGCUGCGGCGGAACGGGCUAGGCUUCGUGAGGAACAGAAAUUGCAAGAAAAGCCAGAGUCAGAAUCGGGUGAAAAGGCCGAGGAAGAAAAGGUCGAGGAGAGCAAUAAAGCUGAUGAAGAAAUGGCUCAAGAAGAGGGCGCCGAGGCAUGA